UUGGUGUUUGAUUUGUGCGAAAUUAUUAACUAAUCAUUAUGGUGCAAACACGCGUUAUUGUGUAUUUAAACCAAACCUCUGAUGAAAUACAAACAGGUGCUGCCAUAAAAAAAGACACUUUCCAAUAUGGCGGCGAAGUGAGCGUAUCGGAUGAUAAAACUUUAAGACUCUUGUGCUGCCAAAACGCAUCCAAACCUCAUGUGCUUGUUGCGCAAAAGCUGCGCUUCGAUAUGCUCUGCUCGCAGAGAAAUGAGGAGCACAAGGAGCGUGAACUAAAAGCAUUGCUGCAUACUCUGUUAGUAGAUCAAAGAGAUUGCCUUCUCAUGCAUCUGGCUGCUGAGCGUGGCUAUCAUUUAAUGUUUCUCGUCGAUACGCUCAUCGUCCAGAUCAAUGUGAAGCUGCAGCAGGAAUCGUUGCAACUGGAAGGCUGCACUGUGCGCUACCGGCAUGUGGUCGAAGGCACAAGUUCAAGCAGUCUGGACACUCAGAGCAAUUUCAGCGAUAUGAAGCAUUUGAUGAACUGGCUGUUGAAUGAGUAUCGCAUGCGCACUGCUUUGGCUACAGGACAUGAGGCUCUGGAGGUGCAAUAUGUGCUGACACGUAAGGAGCAGGGCAGUCGCUUCAGCGUCAAAUUUCACAUCCUGCUUGUGGCCAUGGAGGAGAUGUGCUUGGGCACGCUGUGUGGCCUUCGCUGCUAUUUAAGCAACGAUCUUCUCACGGCUGCGCUCUCGGUCACGGAAUUGACUACCUAUAUGCGCCAAGCGGCUGAACAGAAUACCGGUAAAUCACUAUAUAUGCUGAUGAUGUGCCAUGUCCUGGUCACUGGCAGCCAGGUGAAUUGCAAAAAUGUGCAGCUGCUCGGCUUAGCGCAUUUGGCCUGCGAGCAACGUGACGCUAUUCAGGAGCGAGUGGAAACUCUUCACAUGUCGCCGACUGUUAUCAUGCCAAACACUGAGGCUCUGGUCAAAUUGAAAGAGCUUGAGCUCUGCCACCAGGAGAUGAAUGAACGUUUCCAAUCACUUCAUGACCAGCUCGUGGCGUAUGUGCAGCAUGAGCAGCAGUUGAAGCGCAGCCACUGCCAACUAUUAAAGGAACGUACCGACUUUGUUGCUACUCUGCUCGCGUCCGAGGCUAAACUUGUACAAUUAAGAAACCUAAUGGUGAACAUUACACACAAUUAGUAUUGUUUAUUUUUUCACCGUUAAAUUAUUUUGCAUGUAUUCUUAAGUUUAUGUAAACGCUCAUGUGUGCCCUUUGAUAAUAGUUGUUGUAUAUCUUAGCAUUUAUCAUAGGGGAAACUCUUGCGUAAAUCUCUAGUUUGAAACUUUGAUGUAAACCUUGUUUUU